AUGGGUACAUCCGACCGUACUACCGACUUGUCUCUCGAAGAUGGACCAACCAAGAAAUCCUUCCUGGAGUUUCUGUCUCUGCCGCUGCGCUCCCGAACGCGCAACCGGAACCUCGCCGAGUUCUACGUCAAGGUAAAAGAUGCUCAUCGAAAGUACUCGGCUGGCGAACAUGUCAAGGGCUCCGUCACCCUGUCCUUGACCAAGCCGAUCCGCAUCACCCACUUGACUGUCUGCCUACACGGCUAUGUUCGUGUCUUCAAGAAUGCCGCGCAGAUGAAUGCCGGCAAUGCCGCCAUCCUGCCUAGCGGAGGAAGCAAUAGUUUUCGGUACUUUGGCAAUGGUCACGCACAGCUUUUCCAAGAUGAGCAAGUUCUGUGCGGCGAGGGACGACUCGAGGCCCGGAAAUGGGAGUUUGAGUUUGAUCUCUUAUUCCCACCCGAAGGCCUGCCCAGCAGUAUUGAUUUUGAGCGAGGAACGAUAGCAUAUAUUAUAACCGCGACAUUGACCCGCCCAACAUCGAUCGCUCCGACCACCACUGCUGAGACGAGGGUAUCUUUGGUGGAAAAGGUCGACGUCGGAUUGAUCCCCCAGCCCAGGGAGAGAAAGGUCACGAUGCAUGCCAUGCACAAGCGACAAAGGAGGAAAAGGGCACCAGUAACAAACACAACGCCGAGUCGGAGUGCCACCGAUCUGCACGAACCCGCCUCAGAUCUGGACUCGACACGCGCGCUCGAAAACUCGAACGAGAGUUCCGUGAACCACGACGACCCGAACCGGAGUCGGCCAGAUGACCACCAUCUUCCCCGGAGUCCAAUUCAGAGCGAUAUACAAAGCGAAAUCAGUGCUGGAAGUGCAGCCAGUCACAACAGCAAUAGUGCAAGAGGCGCUGAUGGUAGCGGGGGCUCGAAUGGCAGCAGAGUGUCUGCAGGUAUUGCCGAGGAUCGUGAGAUCACGGCCAAUGUAGAGCUAUUGAAAGGCGGCUGCAUGCCAGGCGAUCUCCUGCCUGUCCGAAUACGAGUUGAUCACAAUCGCCGGAUGAAGAGCUUACAUGGGAUCAUCGUCACCUUUUAUCGACAAGGGCGAGUUGAUUAUGCGCCUCCGGCAUCAUUAUUCACAAAUAUUUCCAAGGAGGAUGCUCGAAAGCUAGAGCGUGAGGAGUUUUAUCCCAAGUCAAAGACUGGACUCGGCGGAUUAUCAUUAUCGUCAGCAGGGUCUUGUAGUGUUUUCAGGAAAGACCUUUCGCAAUCAGUGGCACCACUCAUCAUUGAUCCAAUGACGCUGUCGGCAAACAUCACCACAUCCGUGAGGGUACCCGAGGACGUCUUCCCGAGCAUCAAAGGCGUGCCCGGAGGUCUGAUCGGCUUCCGAUACCAUGUCGAGGUGGUGGUUGAUCUGGGCGGAAAGCUUGCAGGUCAGUCCCAAGGCACACCGCAGCAGCCAAAUCGGCUGGGCUCCGUGUCAGUCUCUGGGAACCCGGCGCCAGGAACAGCAUCCUACGAUAGGCAGCCAGGCAACUGGAACGGCUCAAUCGUGGAUACAGACCAUUUGCGCAGGGAGAAAGGAGUGAUAUCAGUAUCUUUUGAAGUAGUCGUUGGCAACGUUGAUACGACUAGGACGCGAUCAAAAGCACCCGUGCGGCCGACGCUCACAUUACAACCACCUUCCGACGCAGGUCAUCCUGCAGAGACGAAUGAGAUGCCCUAUAACUGGCAGGGCAGUUAUAGCGAGGGCAGUAACUAUAAUGAACAAGGACCUUUGCAUCCUUCACAGGUGCAGCCACAAACUUGGGCUUCAUCGAGCAAGUCGGCCGAGGCACCUGGGUACAGCCCUCGUGAUCAUGGUUCCCCGGCACCAAAUUAUGUACCACCACCUCAGCUCUCAGACGAAAGUGGUCUGACAGAAAAGGAACGCGUGCGGCUGGCCGAACAGCGCCUCCUGCCUAGUCAGCCAUCAGCACCGGCAAGUGAACCUGUUGCCGGUCCCUCGCAACCUUCAGCACCUGCGGACGUGACUCCAAGCGCUCCUCCGCUGGCACCUGUAGACAGUGCUGUCGAGGUUGGCGAGGGACCAUCCGCGCCUUCAUUUGCAGACAUAUCCACGGACGCAGCACGUGCAGACCCAGUGGAUGAUAAACAGGAGCUCGAGCGAAGACGACUCUUAACAGAGGCCAGUGCGCCGCCAGAGAUACCUGAAGACUACGAAGAAAGCGGACCAUCGGCGCCACCGCCGGGUACCGCAGGAUCAUCGAAUGGCCAUGAGCCUUCUGCGCCAAUUCUUAGUGAACAAGACUUAUACGGGUCGCAUGAUCCUUUUGAGAGUAUAGCUGGACCCUCAACGACUAGGGGCUCCAACGGGCAUGAUGCAGAACAUCUGCCCAAGUAUGAGCGAUGA